GAUAUGCAUAGCAUUGCUAGAAUUUCUACUGAGAUAAUUCCUGAGUCCAGUACAUCUAAUGAGUAUUUUGAACAAUCACAUGAGAAUGUUACUGAGAAGGAUGACAAUGAAGCUCCUAAACGGAGCAAGAGACGAAGGAUUGAAAAAUCCUUUGGUGAUGAUUUCAUUGUGUACCUUGUGGAUGAUACUCCCACGUCCAUUGCAGAGGCAUAUGCAUCUCCAGAUGCAGAUGACUGGAAAGAAGCUGUCCAUAACGAGAUGGACUCGAUCCUUUCUAAUGGAACUUGGGAGCUAUCAGAACGACCCCAUGGAUGCAAGCCUGUGGGCUGCAAAUGGGUGUUCAAGAAGAAGCUAAGACCUGAUGGUACUAUUGAAAAGUACAAGGCGCGGCUUGUAGCGAAAGGCUACACACAGAGAGAAGGCGAAGAUUACUUCGACACCUAUUCACCUGUCGCUAGACUUACCACCAUUCGAGUACUACUAUCCAUGGCUGCCUCCUAUGGUCUUAUCGUUCAUCAAAUGGACGUAAAGACAGCAAGGACCAAGCGCGCUCUGCUGCGCCGUUUUCGCUAUUAG